GAAUCACCACAAAAUUCAACAUUGCUUAAACAAAAACAGUUACUUUUACUCUGUUAUGUUGCCAUUCUGGUUAUUUUAAACAUUUUACAUUUGCUUAUUUUUAGGUUAGAUUAUUUACUAUGUUUGCAAUAAAUCGGCAUAAACGGCUUAAAAACCUAAUAAAUUUCAGGAAAUAUGUGGAAAAUAAUGUUAGGUAUUUCGCGGCCAAAUUAAAGGACCCAGAAGUAACCAUACCAUUCGCAAAUGGGCGUAACCUAACGAUAUCGACCGGGCAAUAUGCCAGAAUGGCUGAUGGUUGUGCUGUAGCAACCAUAGGUGAUACAUCGGUUAUGGUUACUGUUGUGUCCAAAACCAAGUCUUCUUCUGCUGGUUUUUUACCAUUGGUGGUGGAUUAUAGACAAAAAUCUGCCGCGGCAGGGAGGAUACCUACUAAUUUUUUAAGAAGGGAGUUGGGUCCUUCUGAGAGGGAAAUAUUAACAUCUAGGCUAAUAGACAGAAGUCUACGUCCAUUAUUCCCUGAUAACUAUAAUUAUGAGACUCAGUUAGUGUGCAAUAUGUUGGCAGUAGAUGGCAUUAAUAGCCCUGAUGUAGCAUCAAUUAACGCAGCUUCAGCUGCAUUAAGUUUGAGUGAUAUACCAUGGAACGGCCCUAUAGGGGCUGUAAGAGUGGGUCUUAUAGAUACAGAGAUGAUAGUAAACCCCACAAGAAAAGAAUUACAACAAUCUGGUUUGAAUUUGAUUGUUUCCGCUACAAAGAGGAAUUUGGUGGUUAUGUUGGAGGGUAAUGCUGAUAAUAUAUUGCAUCAGGAUUUAAGUAAAGCUAUUAAAUUGGGAACGAAAGAGGUUCAACAUAUUGUUAAUGGCAUUGAGGAAUUACAAAAGAGUUUUGGGAUGCCCAAACGAAUUUUGGAGGUCCCUCAAGUUCUUUCAGCAGAAAUUUAUGAAGCAUUAAGAUCAUUGUCUGAGAUGAGGGUCAAAGAAAUAUUCAAGAACUACACAUUAGAUAAAUUAGAACGCGAUAACGCCCUUAACAAUAUUAGAAUGGAUGUCCUAGACAAAAUAAGGCAAUCAUUUCCUGAUGUGGACUUAAAUUUACUUCAAGAUGGUUACAACAAACUUGUAAAGUCGAUAUUCCGCGAGUUGAUUUUCGAGGAGGAAAAAAGAUGUGAUGGAAGGCAGUUUGAUGAUAUAAGAAACAUUUCCUGUAAAGUAAACAUGUAUAAACCUUUGCAUGGUUCCGCGAUGUUUCAAAGAGGGCAAACUCAAGUUUUUUGUACUGUCACAUUAGACUCACAUGAAAGUGCUAUGAAGUUGGAUCCUAUGGCUAUUUUGACAGGUGGAGUUAAAGAGAAGAACUUCUUUCUCCACUAUGAGUUUCCGCCUUUUGCUACCAAAGAAACUGGUAAAAUUGGGCCGCUAGGUAGAAGAGAAAUGGGACAUGGUGCUUUGGCUGAAAAAGGUCUGAUACCAACUGUCCCACACGAAUAUCCAUUUACUAUUAGACUGACCUCUGAAGUAUUGGAAUCAAAUGGUUCCAGUUCGAUGGCUAGCGUGUGCGGUGGCAGCUUGGCCCUGAUGGACGCCGGUGUGCCGGUCAAUGCAGCUGCAGCUGGCGUAGCUAUCGGUUUAGUUACGAAGUAUGACGAGGAUAAGAAGAAUGUUACAGAUUAUAGGGUUCUUACGGAUCUGUUGGGCAUCGAAGACUACAUGGGCGAUAUGGACUUUAAGGUGGCCGGAACAAAAAAAGGAUUCACCGCUCUGCAGGCGGACAUAAAGAUACCCGGUUUGCCGCUGAAAAUCGUAAUGGAAGCGAUAGAAAAAGCCAGUGAUGCAAAAAAGACCAUCCUGGGAAUAAUGAGCGAUUGUUUAAGCAAACCCAGGUCCGACAAAAAGGAAAACUGGCCGGUGUGCAAAAAGCUGGAAGUGGAAGCCCACAAAAGGGCUCGACUUUUGGGAAUCGGCGGCAUAAACCUAAAAAAACUCUUCGCCGAAACGGGAGUGCAAGUCUCGCAAAUUGACGACACCACCUUUCAAAUAUUCGCGCCCAGCCAGAACGCGAUGGACGAAGGCGAGGAGAUCAUCACGAAAUUGCUGAACGCCGAACGAGCUCCUGAGCUGGAGUUCGGCGGGAUUUACCCAGCCAAAAUCGUUGAGUUGCGCGAUAUCGGCGUUAUGGUGACGCUGUAUCCUGGCAUGCCGCCCGCCCUGCUGCACAACUCGCAACUCGACCAAAGAAAGGUGGCCCAUCCCACUGCGCUGGGCCUGGAUGUGGGCCAGGAAUUGCAAGUAAAAUAUUUCGGCAGGGAUCCAGUCUCUGGACUAAUGAGGCUGUCCAGAAAAGUCCUGCAAAGAUAGAAUAUAAGCUCGCUCAUCCUGCUACAAAUGUAUAAAAUUUCAUCCUUGCUCUCCAUCUUACUCCUUAUAUUUUACCCCUUUUAUUAACCCCUACCUCAGUCGCUCCCUUUUAAGUAUAUUUAAGUAUGUUUAUUGUUGAUCGUUGUUUUUUAUAAGUAGGUACCUAGGUAUUUUUUAAUAA